ACGAGGGGCGGUCUGACCAAUCAUCGUAUUGCACAGUGCGGCACGGACCAAUAGGAUCGCUCGCUGGAUGGGCGGCGAGGAGCUCGUGCUCUGUCAUCGGGGUUGCGAGGUGACCAGGAAGCAGAAACAGUCCGUGUUUCUCGGUCAUCGGCUGGGGGUUGGGAGGAAGCUCUGAAAAAAAAGGAGCCUGAAUGGCCGACAAGGAUGAGAAACUUGCGAGAGGAGGAGACGAUGCGCAGAACGCAGGGCAGAGUGGCCUGGACAGCGCGGAGGACCUGGAGGUGCUGAGCAGCGCGGAUGCGGAGGACAGCGACGGGGAUGGGGAGCCUCCCCCGCUGGAGGACGCGGGCGGCGGGAAGAAGGACAACAACAAGAACCGGGAAGGAGCGCCGGAUGGGGCCGAGGGGGUCGAGAACCAAGGCAGCGACAGCCCAGCGCCCGACCCCGAGGACGAGUGGCUCGAUGUUCUGGGGAAUGGACUGCUAAAGAAGAAGGUCCUGGAGGCAGGCAAAGGUCCAGACAGCAAGCCAACUAAAGGGCAAAAUGUGAAAAUUUACCUGAAGGCAUCCCUGGCUGAUGGCACUGUUGUGGUGGAAGAACCUUGUCUGUCCUUCACUGUUGGAGAUGGUGAUGUCAUCCAGGCACUUGAUCUCACAGUGCUGCUAAUGGAGAUGGACGAAAGAGCCCUGGUCCAGACUGAUGCAAAAUAUGCUUAUGGAGCUCUGGGCAGUACUACCCCAGCUGUGCCUCCUGAUGCUUCUCUCAUCCUGGAGCUGAAGCUGCUGGAAGCUGUUGAGGCUCUGGACCUCGAGCUGAUGGCCCCAGUGGAGAGGAUUGCCCUGGCAGGGCAGAAGCGCGAGCGUGGGAACACAUACUACCAGCGUGGGGACUAUGCCUUUGCUGUCAAUUCUUACAGCAUUGCUCUGCAGAUCACCGAGGCCAGCUCUAAAGUGGACAUCACUCCACAGGAGGAGAAGGAGAUCCUGGACAUGAAAGUGAAGUGUCUGAACAACAUGGCUGCUGCUCAGCUGAAGCUGGACCACUACGAUGCAGCCCUGCGUUCCUGUGUGUCUGUGCUGGCCCACCAGCCGGACAACAUCAAGGCCCUCUUCCGCAAGGGAAAGGUUUUGGCCUUGCAAGGGGAGUAUGCGGAAGCAAUCAAAAUAUUAAAGUCUGCUCUUAAAUUGGAACCAAGUAAUAAGACCAUUCAUGCAGAGCUCUCCAAGCUGGUGAAGAAGCACACAGAGCAGAGGGGUGUCGAGCAGGCUAUGUACAAGAAGAUGCUGGGCAAUCCAUCCAGCAGCACUGUGCAGAAACACAAAGCUAAGUCCUCAUGGAGUUUCAGCUGGAAAUGGCUGUUUGGUGCCACGGCUGUCGCAAUUGGAGGAGUGGCGCUGUCUGUUGUCAUUGCAGCUCGGAACUAAGCGUGACGAGGGUGGCGCUUGGUCCCCCUACAACCCCUUCCUAAGCCUAGACAUGUGGACAGUAAUUUGACAGUCGGCUCUGUUUGGUAGGUAGCUGAGCAGGAACUGAACUACGCUGUAAUGGUACUUGGGCUUGAGUUGCUUGAAACAAGGUGGAUUUUUCAUGCAAUGUUUACGGUUUCAUUUAUCUUUUGAAAGAUAAGCUGGAGAAUUAUACUAUAUGAUCUUUCAUACCUUGGAAAUCAUAUGGAUGGUGAUUAACUACUGUUUUAAAGGCAUGUUUAUCAGUAGGUAAUGUUGUGAAUCUCUCUCCACGUCACUAAUGAGCUACUCUACAUUAUCUGAAUACUCGACUGUACACUAGAAAUGGCUCACGGGAACAGUUUCGUUACUGAAGACUCCAGUCACGUCCUGAGAGUUUGCUCAAUUUUGCAGUAUAAAAUACAGUAAAUGCUGCUUAAUUUGAGAGUAAUGCAGUCUCUGAAACAUCUUAAAAUGUAUUAAUGCAGUAGUUUAUCACUUUCUAAAAAUCCCAAAAAAAAUGAUUUCCUCUUAAGAUGUUACCUGACCGUCAGACCUAAAUAAAUUGCAGGGAGAUUUAGGAGUCCUGUCUGUCAAAUAUAAGAAGUGGUCAGCUGUGGAUUGGUGUUGGACCUUGCAUUACUAGAAAAUGCUGUGACUGUGGCUUCUGUGACUACUGUUUUUUGUAAAGAUAUUGAUUUUUAUCAUGCAUUUUGUAUUUAGAUUACAUAGAGGGAUGGCAAAUGUUGCUUUGAGAACAAACAUUUUCGGGGCAUCCUUUUCAGAAAGGUUUAUAGAUUUAGUGAAUUUUGAUUUUUUUAAAAAACCUUUUCAUAUUUCUUUUUUCAUAUUAAAAGGACCAAUGCGGUAUUGUCAUCUUAAUUUAUUAGAUUUGUUUAUGUCGUAUCUGCAAAUGAGAAAUUAUUUGUUCUCUGCAACUCACCUUGGUGAAUAAAGACACAUUUUGGUUUCCAGACAUUACCAACUUCCAGUUCAAUUGAUUAUAUAUGUUGUGAUAUAUAUUGUUUUGGUAUAUUUGUCAUUUGGCUGUUCUGUUAUAGAUGUUAACUAAUAAAACUGCCCAUUCCUUUGAAAUUGAACCAAAAAUUGUCAGUACCCUGCAAAACAAGAUGUUUUUUUUUUCUUUUCAAACCUAUGCAGUGUUUAAAUAUGAAGUGCAUUGAAUCCAUUAAUUUCUGGGAGCCACAGGUAAUGUUAAACUACACUACGCUGCAGUAGAUAUUGAUUUAUCACCUUUCUCAUCUCUAGGGGGUGGAGGGCUGCAUAUAACCUCUAAGGAGAAUGAUGGUCAAUAACAUUAGUCUUAAGAUGAAUAAAUAGAAGAAUUUAAGCUUCUUGGAUACCACGAUGGGUAAUACAGUUCUGAAAAGGUACAUAGGUGACUCCACAUUUAAUGUUUUAGUUCAGCUUUGUUU